AUGGCCGUGGCAAGUAAGAAACCAGCAGCCACCCUCGUGGCCGUGGCGGCCCUUGUCGCCGUCGCCGGCUUCCUCGCCGGCCCAGCCGCUGCCACAGGGAAGACCGGGCAGGUGACGGUCUUCUGGGGCCGGAACAAGGCGGAGGGCACGCUCCGAGAGGCCUGCGACACGGGCACCUACACCAUCGUCGUCAUCUCCUUCCUCAGCGUCUUCGGCCACGGCCACGGCAAGCCACCUACCCUGGACCUCUCGGGCCACCCGAUCGCCGGCAUCGGAGACGACAUCAAGCACUGCCAAUCCAAGAACAUCAUGGUGUUCCUCUCCAUCGGGGGGUUCGGCGACCAGUACUCCCUGCCGAGCGCCAAGGCCGCCACGGACCUCGCCGACUACCUCUGGUACGCCUACUUCCCGGCGCCCACCCCGCGCCCCGCCGGCGUGCACCGCCCGUUCGGCGACGCAUACGUCGAUGGCCUCGACUUCUUCAUCGAGCGCGGCCCGCCGGAGUACUACGACGUGCUGGCGGCCCGGCUGUGGAGCUACAACAAGCAGUUCCGCGCCCGGACGCCCGUGCAGCUGUCGGCGACGCCGCGGUGCGCGUUCCCGGACCGCCGCGUGCAGCGGGUGCUCGCCACGGGGCUCGUCACCCGCGUCAAUGUGAGAUUCUACGGCGACGCGCACUGCGCCGCGUACUGGCAGCAGGAGUGGGACAAGUGGACGGCGGCGUUCCCGGACUCCACGAUCUACUUCGGGCUCCCGGCGUCGGAUCAGACGGUCGGGUACGUCCACCCCAAGAACCUCUACUACGGCGUCGUCCCCGUGGUGCAGAAGGCGGCCAACUAUGGUGGCAUAAUGAUCUGGGACCGAUACGCCGACAAGCAGACCAACUACAGCAGCUACGCCAUUCAAUGGGCUUGA